AUGUGUUUGUUGACGGUAAAGAUGGCUUCAAGCGGUUCCUUCGUAAAGAGCCUUUGGGAGUUGUCUUUGUAUGUGGUGCGUGGAACUACCCGUAUUUGAUUGCGGUCAAUGCCGUGGUGCCCGCCUUACUAGCUGGAAACACUGUCAUCCUCAAGCAAUCUAGCGCCACAUUACUGUGUGCAGAGAGAUUUGCCGAAGCAUUCGAGGCAGCUGGCCUGCCCAAGCACGUGUUUCAGUACUUGCACAUGACACAUUCUGGUACAGCGGCGCUCAUCCAGCAUCCCAAGGUCGCCUUUGUCAACUUCACUGGCUCGGUGGAAGGCGGUAGAGAUAUUCAAAAGGCCAGUUCCGAGAAAUUCAUGGGUGUCGGCCUGGAGUUGGGCGGCAAAGACCCCGCAUAUGUGAGACAGGACUGCGAUAUGGAUUACACAGUGGAGCAGCUGGUCGACGGAACCUAUUUCAACAGUGGCCAGUGCUGUUGUGCCAUCGAGCGGAUAUACGUGCACGAGGCCGUCUACGACAGAUUUGUGCAGAAGUUCGCAGGAUUAGUUGAGUCGUUAUACCGUUUGGGAGAUCCUACGGACAAGAAUACAAAUCUUGGGCCGAUGGUCCGAACUUCCGCCGCAGAUUGGGUGCGAAAACAGGUCAAGGAAGCCAUUGCAGCAGGGGCUAAAUCGCUGGUCAGUGAGGAUAAGUUCCCAAAGUCAGAGGAAGGUACCCCUUAUAUGGCACCUGUUGUGCUCGUAGACGUUGAUCAUUCGAUGUCUGUUAUGAAAGAGGAGUCUUUCGGACCAGUGAUAGGCAUAAUGAAGGUGUCAUCUGACGAGGAAGCUAUUUCGUUGAUGAACGACAGCGACUUUGGAUUAACAGCAGGGAUAUGGACACAAGAUAUAGAUGCAGCUACCAGAAUAGGCUCUGAAGUACAGACGGGUACCCUAUUUGUCAACAAGUGCGAUUACCUAGACCCUGCUCUGGCAUGGACUGGAGUAAAGGACUCCGGGCGCGGUGUGAGUCUAUCCAAGUUCGGAUUCGACCAAUUGACUCAAAUCAAGUCCUUCAAUAUGAAGAUAAACUAA